AGGGCGGGUUUACAUAUAAAAAAGAAGAAGAAGAGAAUAAUGAAAUUUCCGGUUUGACUGAGAAUAAAAACGGAGGUAGACUUUGAUCCAUUGAAUUGACCCACUCCCUCUUCUUCUUCUUCUCUGUAUUUUCUAGGUUUUGCACAAUCCAACCAAUCCUAACCUGCAUUUUGUUCACCCGCUUCUAGUUAUAAUCCAAUUGAAACAACAACGAGCUUCGAAUUAUUAUUAUUAAUUUAUUUAGCAGCAGCCGCAGCGGGGGAAAUGAAAAAUUCACUCAAGAAAUUGAGAGGAUUGGCCUCCACUGCGAUUCCCAAGCACGGACGUCACCACCACCAUCUCCGCCAGCCUCUUUCGAAAUUGGAUGACGUCACUCAAGCUUCUCAGGACAUGCAAGACAUGAGAGAUUGCUACGACAGCUUGUUAUCUGCUGCUGCAGCCACGGCCAAUAGUGCAUAUGAAUUCUCAGAAUCACUACGAGAAAUGGGAGAUUGUCUUCUUGAAAAAACUGCAUUAAAUGAUGACGAGGAAAGUGGUAAAGUGUUGCUGAUGCUGGGAAAAGUUCAGUUUAUAAUCCAGAAUCUUGUUGAUCGCUAUCGCUCCCAUAUCUUCCAGACGAUCACCAUCCCGUCAGAGUCCCUUCUUAAUGAAUUGCGUACUGUUGAGGAGAUGAAGAAACAGUGUGAUGAAAAAAGAAUGAUUUAUGAAGAGAUGAUACCAAAAAGCAGAGGGAAAGGGAGGUCAAAAAGCAGCAAGGGAGAUGGCUUCUCUGUUCGCGAACUGCAAGCAGCUCAAGAUGACUAUGAUGAGGAUGCUAGUAUGUUUGUUUUUCGUAUGAAAUCUCUUAAAGGUGGACAAUCCCGAAGUCUUUUAACACAGGCAUCUAGGCACCAUGCUGCUCAGAUGUCUUUUUUCAGAAAGGCUUCCAAAUCUCUUGAAGCAAUUGAUCCUCAGGUUGAAUCCAUCACUGCACGGCAUCAUAUUACAUACCACUUCGACGGACUCAAAGAUGAGGAUGAUGCUAGUGGUGGUGAUGAUAUUGAUGAGGAUUAUACUGAUGACACUGAUGAUGACUCUGAAAGCUAUGAUGAUAAUGAGCUUAGUUUUGAUCAUGGCCAUGCUAAUAAUGGUCAGGAUGAUUCUAAAACAAAAGACUCAAUGGAGUUGGAUGAAGUUGAUAUUACAUUUCCAAAAGCUCCCACGGCUGAUGUGAAGGAAAAUCCAAAGAGGAAACCUGUUGACAGCUCUUUACUUCGUAGAAAUCUUGAUCCAAGCAGCAAAUCAGCUCCACUUUUUAUUGGGAAGGAUUCUGACCCUGCUGAAAGGUAUGUACCCAUUCGGCAAGCUUCCUCUCGGAAGUUCUCCACCUAUGUGCUGCCCACACCUGAUGAGACAAAGUGUCAAGUUUCAUCACGAUCAGAUGCACAAACACCUCAAGGACGUGUAAGUGUGAGCGGAGGUACAAGUAGUCCGUGGCAUUCAUCCCCUUUGGAGCACAAAAAAGUAUUAGGAAAUGAGAACUCAAGUCCAGUUUUAUCAAAUAUGCAGUCAGUACUGAAAGAUAGCAACAGCAAUAUUAGACCAAGUCGAUCACCACCUCAUUUAGCAGAGGGGCUCUCGUCACAUAUUGAUCGUCAUGGCGAUACCAAAAAAGUUAGAAGGCAAGCUUUCUCUGGUCCGUUGAUGGGCAAGUCAUGGUCAAGUAGGGCUAAUACGUCUGCUAGUGGCCCUAUUGCCUCAACAGGAAAUGCUCUCCUGUUUUCUGGAUCACUAAUGCGCACUCCACUACCAAAGCCAACAUCGUCCCCAGUAUUAUCAUCAGGUGUCUCGCCAACUUUCACAUCGUCCCCGAAAAUUAGUGAACUACAUGAGCUUCCCAGACCCCCUGCUCAUAUCAAAACAAAGGGAACUUCAAAUAUAAGUCAUUCUAGUCCCUUGCUUCCUAAAGGUCAGGAGCUCUCUGGCACAAAUAAAUUGACAGCGACAAAUGCAUCUACUCUUCCAAAGCCUCCGCAGACCUUCAACCGCAGUUACUCAAUACCCUCAAGAGGUCAAAGGGAAAAAGAGUCGCAUGCCCCGAAAAAUUUGGAAUCUCCUAAUUUCAAGAUGACUGAGGAUAUCUCUUCGCCUCCUGUUAAACCAAUUUCCUUAUCAAACACAUAGUUGACCACAUUUGGUGGUCAAUCUGCCACCGCCGCUAUCCAGAUUAGAGGCGCAGAAUAAUUUGAUACCAGUUGAGCUAGGACCAUUAUCUUGGCUGGCGAAUGCUCAUAUCCUUUGUCAGGUGAAAGAACCUUUGUCGAGUGAAGAUGUUGUGUACAUAUAUCUAUGGUCCUAAAUAAUUUAUCUCCUUGCACGUUCCAGUGAGGGCACAAAUGCUUAGGUUCUAACCAAAAAUGUUGUUAAAUAUGAGAAAUUUUGUUAUAUCUUGCAUUAUGGCAGUGGUACAGACGUUGGAAAAGUUCAUUUAUGUGUUAGCUCCAGCCUCCAGUUAUUCAAAAUAUGUUGGUGUAGAUUUUUUUAUUUUUUUGGUCAGAAUAUGUUGGUGUAGAUUACAACGGUUGUUAUAUAUGAAUUUUUAAUGGAAGAGCCCAACAUCCUGACUUUUCAA